GCCAUCGCGGAAAGUCGUGAUUCUUGCGCUUGCCGCCACUGCGAUAGCACAAAAUGACACGCAACCUGAAGAGAAACCUGAAGAUUGGGAGUCUGAUCAAUGCGAUUGUUACCUAACGGACGGUCGGGACCCAGGCUAUUACACCAAACACCGAUUCUGGGACUUUAGAAAUCUUGCCGAGUAUGCAGGGAUUCCUGAUACCAUCGCAGGCGAAAAUGCUUCCGCAGAAGCCGACGUUACAAGCAAAUACUUCAAGACCAAAGCGUGGAAGAACUUUUGGUCAAUUCAAAGCUGGAGCAAUCGCAGAAGUCACGAUACUUUAUCGUACGGCGCCAUGUUCCCUAUGGUCAACUCGCCAAACAACAUCUACAUCAGAUCAAAUCCGGACAAGAACCCUUCUUCUGAAACGUAUUUAUCGAUGCGGACAAAUCGACAGGAGGAAUUCCAGGUUGCAUCAGAGUUUGACUCGAUUGAUCGAUUCCAAUUCCUGUCAAUCCGUUUCAUGGGUCGCGUGCGCGGUGCACCUGGAGCUUGUAUGGCUAUGUUCACAUACGUUCCCGCUAAGGAGAUCAAAGACGUCCAAGAAGCCGACAUGGAGAUUCUGACGCGCGAAGACCACGAUCGAGUGCAUUAUACGAAUCAUCCCGGCUACAGUGCCACCGAGCUAUUUCCCAAGGCUACUCGCAACAUAACCUUGCCUGAUGGGCUAAAGUGGAACGAAUGGGUGGAACAUCGCCUGGACUGGACGCCAACUCAGUCUAUCUGGUAUGCCAAUGGCAUCGAAGCAGCUAAUAUCUCAUUCCAAGUUCCUCGAGAUCCAUCUCUGCUCAUCUUUAACAGUUGGGGUGAUGGAGGUGUUUGGACACAGAACAUGACUACAGGCCAAGAAGCAUACAUGGAGUUGCAGUGGCUUCAAAUGGUUUACAAUGAGAGCGAUGUUUCUGAAACCAAGCGUAAAAGAGACAUGGAUCAAGACGUUGGCCCACGUGGAAGGUUUCUGCGACGAAGAGGUGAGGCUGUAGAGAACGUCUGUAGAAUGGUUUGCAGCAUUGAUGAGGACGAUGGAGUUGGCGCGGUGACUUGGCUAUGGGGUAACAACACUGCAGCCAGCGUAUUAUCAGGCCAUGGCGUUUGUGGGAACAUGAGUGCUCUGAUAACAUGGGUGAUUGGGCUGAUACUUGUAUCGAGAUGGAUGUAA